AUGACGAAAAAAUAUGAUCCUAAUAAUCCCAAAGAUGCAGAGGAAUUGUUGAAAAUAUAUGAGAGUUUAGAAGAUGACGAUACUUUGGCUAAGGAAAUUGACCAGUGUGAUGAAGUUCAACUAACGUAUUAUCCAAAUGAUGGAAAUGAUUCUGACAGAGACGAUGCCGGAAGUGAUGAGGAACACCAGUAUAAUUACAAAUUUCAAAGUAUUGGCCGAGGUACACUGUCUCAAAGCAUGGAUAUUACAGCUGUUUCUCGAAAAAAUACAGCAAUUGAGAAAACAGUGAUGUCAAAUACAACUGUGGCUAAAACUCACGAAUCAGGUAAGAAAAGAAAAAGGGAGGUUGCAGAAAUUUCACAAACUUCUGAAAACAGAAAAAAAUCGAUGAAAAGAAUCGAUCUCGCUACAUAUGCCGAACUUGAACGGUUUAUUUACGAGAGUAGUGAGAGUGAGGAAGAUCAUAUUAAAGUGGAUAGCGCUGGAAUUGACAGUUAUUCUGAUGACAGCAUUGUUGAUCCCGAUUUUGUUUUUGAUGAAGAAAAUGUGGAGGAGGACGUGGAAAAAAGUCUAAGAUGUAUAUGGAAAAAUACCAAGAGUACUAGAAUGCCUACAAUUAACCGAAGACUACUUUCAAAUGCCCCUAGGGCACAAGAAGAAGUGUCACCUAGUAUGAGUUUUAACGGGAUUUGCCUAAUACUGAUAGGCGUUGCUAGUGGCCACCCUCACGGAGGUAGUUAUGGAGGCAGUAGACAGCAUAGCAGCUACACCAAAACCACUAGAUUCCAAGAGAAAUCUGCAUCUGGUGGUCACUCAGGAGAAGAAUUCGGCGGAGAAGAUCAUCAAGGUCAAGGAAGUCCUUCCAAAUACAUUUUAAAAACUGUCGUUGAAGAUCCUAACUAUGGCAAAGAUCACGUCAAAAAUGGUGCUCAUGGUCAUGGUCAAUCUAAGUCUGGUCUAGAGUCUGAAGUCAAUGAAUUUGAUGGACAUCGUCGUGGACAUGAAGGGUCUGGCUAUUCAACUGUGAAAAAAACUGUCACCUCCUAUAGUCAAGGUGAUGAUAAUUUGGGAGAACACUCAGAAGAAACUGGUUCACAUUCUGGGUAUAGUAAGGUUAAAACAGUGAUUUCCAGCUCUAGUCAUGGUCAUGGUAACGCUUACGGUCGUAGUGAUGGUCAGAGUAACUUGGAAUUGGACUUGAAAAAUAACAAAGGCCACUCAAAUUCUGAAUAUAAAAAAGUAAAAACAGUAGUUUCCACCUCUAGCCACGAUCACGGUAACGCUCAGGGUCGCGAUAAUGAUCACGAUAAUUCAGAAUUAGUCUUGGAACGCACUGGUAACAGUGUCCACUCCAAUUCUGGAUAUAAGAAGGUUAAAACAGUAGUUUCCAGCUACGGUCAUGGUCAUGGUAAUGCUGAUGAUCGUUCCGGAGAAGUGAUAGAAGAAACUGAUUCAAACGAUCACUCAAAUUCUGGAUAUAAGAAAGUUAAAACAGUAAUAUCUACUUCUAGCCACAGUCACGGUAACUCUCAUGGUCGUGAUAAUAAUCAAGAACAUUCAGAAUUAGAUUUGGAACGUAAUGGUAACAAAGGCCACUCAAAUUCUGGAUAUCAGAAGGUUAAAACAGUAGUUUCUAGCAAUACUCAUGGUCAUGGUAGUGCUGUUGAUCAUUCAGAAGAAGAUCUAGAAGAAAUUGGUUCAAAUGGUCACUCAAAUUCUGGUUAUAGGAAAGUUAAAACGGUAGUGUCUACCUCUAGCCAUGGUCACAGUAACUCUCAUGGUCAUGGCAAUAAUCACGAUAGUUCAGAAUUAGAUUUGGAACGUAGUGGUAACAGGGGCCACUCAAAUUCUGGAUAUAAGAAGGUUGAAACUAUAGUAUCCAGCUACGGUCAUGGUCAUCGUAAUGCUGAUGAUCGUUCCGAAGAAGUGAUAGAAGAAACUGGUUCACGUGAUCACUCAAAUUCUGGAUAUAAGAAAGUUAAAACAGUAGUGUCUACUUCUAGCCAUAGUCACAGUAACUCUCAUGGUCGUGAUAAUGAUGAAGAACAUUCAGAAUUAGAUUUGAAACGUAAUGGUGUUAAAGGCCACUCAAAUUCUGGAUAUAAGAAGGUUGAAACAGUAGUUUCCAGCAAUGUUCAUGGUCAUAGUAGUGCUGUUGAUCAUUCAGGAGAAAAACUAAAAGAAAUUGGUUCAAGUGGUCACUCAAAUUCUGGAUAUAGGAAAGUUAAAACAGUAGUGUCUACCUCUAGCCAUGGUCACAGUAACUCUCAUGAUCAUGGUAAUGACCACGAUAGUUCAGAAUUAAAUUUGGAACGCAAUGGUAACAGGGGCCACUCAAAUUCUGGAUAUAAGAAGGUUAAAACUGUAGUUUCCAGCAAUAUUCAUGGUCAUGGUAGCUCUCUUGAUCGUUCAGGAGAAGAACUAGAAGAAACUGGUUCAGGUGGUCACUCUAAUUCUGGAUAUAGGAAAGUUGAAACGGUCGUUACCAGCUAUGGGCAUGGUCAUGGUAAUGGUCACGGUAAUUCAGAAGUUAAUCUAGAACAUGGUCAUCAUAGUGGUCACUUAGAUUCUGGAUUUACGGAGGUUGAAUCAAUAGUUUCCAGUCACGGUCAUGAUUAUGACCAUGUUCACGGCCAUUCUGAAAUAGAUUUAGUACAUGGUCAUCACAGUGAUCACUUACACCCUGGAUUUAGAGAAGUGGAAACAGUAGUAUCCAACUAUGAUCAUGGUCAUGGUAUUGUUCACGGACAUGAUCAUGAUAUUGUUCACGGGCAUGAUCAUGAUAUUGUUCACGGACAUGGUCAUUUUAAUUUAGAUUUGGCAAACACUCAUCACCAUGAUCAUUUAGAUUCUGGGUUUAGAAAAGUUGAAACAGUGAUAUCUAGCUAUGGCCAUGGUCAUAGAAACGGUCAUGAUAAUUCAGAAAUAGAUUUGGAAAGUAUCGAUAGCAACCAUCAUUCAAAUUCUGGUGUAAAAAGAGUUGAAACCAUAGUGUCAACCUAUGGCCAUGGUCAUAGAAACGGUCAUGAUAGUUCAGAAAUAGAUUUGGAAAGUACCGAUAGCAACCAUCAUUCAAAUUCUGGUGUAAAAAGAGUUGAAACCGUAGUGUCCAGCUAUGGUCAUGGCAACGUCCGUGGUCAUAAUAAUGGUCAUGGACGGGGACUGGGUCAUUCUAACUCUAACUUGGAACAUUCCCAAUCAGGAUAUCGAAAAGUAAAAACAACAGUUACUAAUUAUGGUGAAGGUGAAUUAGCUUCGAGUUCAGAAACUCUAGAUAUUGCAAAUGGACUUGAUCGCACAGAUGCAGAUAAUGAGUCAGUAUCUGAAGGUGGCUCCAAAAUUAUUAAAACCACAGUUAUUAAAAAGACUACUAAGCAUAGGAGUGGUCACAAUGCACACGUAGAUGAAGAAAACGGUUCAAACGAGUAUAUAACUGAAGAGUCUAACAAUAAAAACAGUGAUGUUAGUGUAUUAGGUGGAUCAAAAACUAUUAAAACUACAAUUACGAAAACCUUUUCUCAAACAAACAGCAAUUCAGAUGAAAACUCUAACGAAAGAAAAAAUGGAUCUAGUGAAACAGUGGACCAAAAGAUCCAUGACUUGAAUAGUAACUUGAAUUUGUUAAAUAAGGGCAAUGGUUAUAAAAUUACUAAAACGACAAGCACAAAAACAAGUUCCAGUCAAACAGGUGGCUCCUUCGUAAAUAAAGAACAGGCUUCUAAUCUUGGUCUUAAUAAAAGUAGCUUAAAUACAGUUAAAACUCUUCAAAAUAUUCAUCAAGGAAAUGAUAUUGAUAGAUUGACUAAGAAUACUGGUUCUACAAUUACUAAAACGACAAUUACAAAAACUGUAGAUACUAGUGGACAAUCUGCAGAUAAAAACGAAAAUGAAGGUGCUUUAAAAGUAAUAACUACACAACAAAUUAAUAAAAAUGUAGACAAUGGUAAUACAGAUAACCUUUUCCACAAAGACAAAGACUUUAAGUCAAUUAGUGGAUCUAAAAUUAUUAAGACAACCAUCACUAAAACAAGUUCUCAUUCUAGCGGUAGCUCUUUAGAUAAAGAUUCUGAUCUACUUCAUAAAGGUGGACUUGAUAUUGUCAAAAAGGUUUCCAAAGACAAAGACCUAGACACACUAGGCCAAAGUACAGGAUCUAAUGUUGUUAAAACCACAAUAACAAAAACUUCUCACUCACCUGAUUCAUUAAAGGAACCUUUGGAAAUAAAUCAAAAAAUAGAUGUUCACGAAGAAGACGAUAUGAACUCGAAUGAAAAUAGUGGAUCUAAGGUCACAAAAGUCACAAAAACAAGUCAAUCAGGUGGAACAAAAACAAUUACAACUACAAUCACAAAAACUACCGAUGAAAAUUUGGACUUAAGAGGUUAUGGAGGUAUAACCAAGGUUAUCAAAACUGAGAAUUUUGAUGUACCAGCAGUAAGUUCCAACAGUGGAUCGAAAGUCAUUACAACAACAGUUACUAAAACAACUUCUUCCAAUUCUUUUGAUGAAGGUAACAACCUUGUUGAACCAGAUUUUGGAGAUAUUUCAAAAGUAGUUAAAACAGUAACUUUCGAUAAACCACUGGAAAGUAGCGGGUCUACAGUCACCAAAACAGUGGUUACUCAUUCCAGCGGUAGCUCUUUAGAUCAAGAUUCUGAUCUACUUCAUAAAGCUGGACUUGAUAUUGUAAAAACGGUUUCCAAAGAUAAAGACAUAGACACAGUAGGCAAAAGUACAGCAUCUAAUGUUGUUAAAACCACAAUAAAAAAAACUUCUAACUCACCUGAUUCAUUAAAGGAACCUUUGGAAAUAAAUAAAAAAAUAGAUGUUCACGAAGAAGACGAUUUGAAGUCGAAUGAAAAUAGUGAAUCUACGGUCACAAAAGUCACAAAAACAAGUCAAUCAGGUGGAACAGAAACAAUUACAACUACAAUCACAAAAACUACCGAUGAAAAUUUGGACUUGGGAGGUUAUGAAGGUGUAACCAAGGUUAUCAAAACUGAGAAUUUCGAUGUACCAGCAGUAAGUUCCAAUAGUGGAUCGAAAGUCAUUACUACAACAGUUACUAAAACAACUUCUUCCAAUUCUUUUGAUGAAGGUAACAACCUUGUUGAACCAGAUUUUGGAGAUAUUUCAAAAGUAGUUAAAACAGUAACUUUCGAUAAACCACUGGAAAGUAGCGGGUCUACAGUCACCAAAACAGUGGUUACUCAUUCCAGCGAUAGCUCUUUAGAUAAAGAUUCUGAUCUACUUCACAAAGGUGGACUUGAUAUUGUAAAAACGGUUUCCAAAGAUAAAGACCUAGAUACACUAGACAAAAGUACAGGAUCUAAUGUUGUUAAAACCACAACACAAACUUCUCACUCACCUGAUUUAUUAAAGGAACCUUUGGAAAUAAAUAAAAAAAUAGAUGUUCACGAAGAAGAUGAUAUGAACUCGAAUGGAAAUAGUGGAUCUAAGGUCACAAAAGUAACAAAAACAAGUCAAUCAGGUGGAACAGAAACAAUUACAACUACAAUCACAAAAACUACCGAUGAAAAUUUGGACUUGGGAGGUUAUGGAGGUGUAACCAAGGUUAUCAAAACUGAGAAUUUCGAUAUACCAGCAGUAAGUUCCAACAGUGGAUCGAGAGUCAUUACAACAGUCACUAAAACAACUUCUUCUAAUUCUGUUGAUGAAGGUAACAACCUUGUUGGACCAGAUUUUGGAGAUGUUUCAAAAAUAGUUAAAACACUGACUUCCGACAAACCACUGGAAAGUAGCGGGUCUACAGUCACCAAAACAGUGGUUACUCAUUCCAGCGGUAGCUCUUUAGAUCAAGAUUCUGAUCUACUUCAUAAAGGUGGACUUGAUAUUGUAAAAACGGUUUCCAACGAUAAAGACAUAGACAUAGUAGGCAAAAGUACAGCAUCUAAUGUUGUUAAAACCACAAUAACAAAAACUUCUAACUCACCUGAUUCAUUAAAGGAACCUUUGGAAAUAAAUAAAAAAAUAGAUGUUCACGAAGAAGAUGAUUUGAACUCGAAUGAAAAUAGUGGAUCUAAGGUCACAAAAGUCACAAAAAUAAGUCAAUCAGGUGGAACAGAAACAAUUACAACUACAAUCACAAAAACUACCGAUGAAAAUUUGGACUUGGGAGGUUAUGGAGGUGUAACCAAGGUUAUCAAAACUGAGAAUUUCGAUGUACCAGCAGUAAGUUCCAACAGUGGAUCGAAAGUCAUUACAACAACAGUCACUAAAACAACUUCUUCCAAUUCUUUUGAUGAAGGUAACAACCUUGUUGUACCAGAUUUUGGAGAUGUUUCAAAAAUAGUUAAAACACUGACUUCCGACAAACCACUGGAAAGUAGUGGGUCGACAAUCACCAAAACAGUCGUUACUCAUUCCAACGGUAGCUCUUUAGAUCAAGAUUCUGAUCUACUUUAUAAAGCUGGACUUGAUAUUGUAAAAACGGUUUCCAAAGAUAAAGACAUAGACACAGUAGGCAAAAGUACAGCAUCUAAUGUUGUUAAAACCACAAUAACAAAAACUUCUAACUCACCUGAUUCAUUAAAGGAACCUUUGGAAAUAAAUAAAAAAAUAGAUGUUCACGAAGAAGAUGAUUUGAACUCGAAUGAAAAUAGUGGAUCUAAGGUCACAAAAGUCACAAAAAUAAGUCAAUCAGGUGGAACAGAAACAAUUACAACUACAAUCACAAAAACUACCGAUGAAAAUUUGGACUUGGGAGGUUAUGGAGGUGUAACUAAGGUUAUCAAAACAGAGAAUUUCGAUGUACCAGCAGUAAGUUCCAACAGUGGAUCGAAAGUCAUUACAACAACAGUCACUAAAACAACUUCUUCGAAUUCUUUUGAUGAAGGUAACAACCUUGUUGGACCAGAUUUUGGAGAUAUUUCAAAAGUAGUUAAAACAGUAACUUUAGAUAAACCAGUGGACAGUAGCGGAUCUACAGUCACCAAAACAGUGGUUACUCAAUCCAGCGGUAGCUCUUUAGAUCAAGAUUCUGAUCUACUUCAUAAAGCUGGACUUGAUAUUGUAAAAACGGUUUCCAAAGAUAAAGACAUAGACACAGUAGGCAAAAGUACAGCAUCUAAUGUUGUUAAAACCACAAUAACAAAAACUUCUAACUCACCUGAUUCAUUAAAGGAACCUUUGGAAAUAAAUAAAAAAAUAGAUGUUCACGAAGAAGAUGAUUUGAACUCGAAUGAAAAUAGUGGAUCUAAGGUCACAAAAGUCACAAAAAUAAGUCAAUCAGGUGGAACAGAAACAAUUAAAACUACAAUCACAAAAACUACCGAUGAAAAUUUGGACUUGGGAGGUUAUGGAGGUGUAACCAAGGUUAUCAAAACUGAGAAUUUCGAUGUACCAGCAGUAAGUUCCAACAGUGGAUCGAAAGUCAUUACAACAACAGUCACUAAAACAACUUCUUCCAAUUCUUUUGAUGAAGGUAACAACCUUGUUGUACCAGAUUUUGGAGAUGUUUCAAAAAUAGUUAAAACACUGACUUCCGACAAACCACUGGAAAGUAGCGGGUCGACAAUCACCAAAACAGUCGUUACUCAUUCCAACGGUAGCUCUUUAGAUCAAGAUUCUGAUCUACUUUAUAAAGCUGGACUUGAUAUUGUAAAAACGGUUUCCAAAGAUAAAGACAUAGACACAGUAGGCAAAAGUACAGCAUCUAAUGUUGUUAAAACCACAAUAACAAAAACUUCUAACUCACCUGAUUCAUUAAAGGAACCUUUGGAAAUAAAUAAAAAAAUAGAUGUUCACGAAGAAGAUGAUUUGAACUCGAAUGAAAAUAGUGGAUCUAAGGUCACAAAAGUCACAAAAAUAAGUCAAUCAGGUGGAACAGAAACAAUUACAACUACAAUCACAAAAACUACCGAUGAAAAUUUGGACUUGGGAGGUUAUGGAGGUGUAACUAAGGUUAUCAAAACAGAGAAUUUCGAUGUACCAGCAGUAAGUUCCAACAGUGGAUCGAAAGUCAUUACAACAACAGUCACUAAAACAACUUCUUCGAAUUCUUUUGAUGAAGGUAACAACCUUGUUGGACCAGAUUUUGGAGAUAUUUCAAAAGUAGUUAAAACAGUAACUUUAGAUAAACCAGUGGACAGUAGCGGAUCUACAGUCACCAAAACAGUGGUUACUCAAUCCAGCGGUAGCUCUUUAGAUCAAGAUUCUGAUCUACUUCAUAAAGCUGGACUUGAUAUUGUAAAAACGGUUUCCAAAGAUAAAGACAUAGACACAGUAGGCAAAAGUACAGCAUCUAAUGUUGUUAAAACCACAAUAACAAAAACUUCUAACUCACCUGAUUCAUUAAAGGAACCUUUGGAAAUAAAUAAAAAAAUAGAUGUUCACGAAGAAGAUGAUUUGAACUCGAAUGAAAAUAGUGGAUCUAAGGUCACAAAAGUCACAAAAAUAAGUCAAUCAGGUGGAACAGAAACAAUUACAACUACAAUCACAAAAACUACCGAUGAAAAUUUGGACUUGGGAGGUUAUGGAGGUGUAACCAAGGUUAUCAAAACAGAGAAUUUCGAUGUACCAGCAGUAAGUUCCAACAGUGGAUCGAAAGUCAUUACAACAACAGUCACUAAAACAACUUCUUCCAAUUCUUUUGAUGAAGGUAACAACCUUGUUGGACCAGAUUUUGGAGAUAUUUCAAAAGUAGUUAAAACAGUAACUUUAGAUAAACCAGUGGACAGUAGCGGAUCUACAGUCACCAAAACAGUGGUUACUCAUUCCAGCGGUAGCUCUUUAGAUCAAGAUUCUGAUCUACUUCAUAAAACUGGACUUGAUAUUGUAAAAACGGUUUCCAAAGAUAAAGACAUAGACACAGUAGGCAAAAGUACAGCAUCUAAUGUUGUUAAAACCACAAUAACAAAAACUUCUAACUCACCUGAUUCAUUAAAGGAACCUUUGGAAAUAAAUAAAAAAAUAGAUGUUCACGAAGAAGAUGAUUUGAACUCGAAUGAAAAUAGUGGAUCUAAGGUCACAAAAGUCACAAAAAUAAGUCAAUCAGGCGGAACAGAAACAAUUACAACUACAAUCACAAAAACUACCGAUGAAAAUUUGGACUUGGGAGGUUAUGGAGGUGUAACCAAGGUUAUCAAAACAGAGAAUUUCGAUGUACCAGCAGUAAGUUCCAACAGUGGAUCGAAAGUCAUUACAACAACAGUCACUAAAACAACUUCUUCGAAUUCUUUUGAUGAAGGUAACAACCUUGUUGGACCAGAUUUUGGAGAUAUUUCAAAAGUAGUUAAAACAGUAACUUUAGAUAAACCAGUGGACAGUAGCGGAUCUGCAGUCACCAAAACAGUGGUUACUCAUUCCAGCGGUAGCUCUUUAGAUCAAGAUUCUGAUCUACUUCAUAAAGCUGGACUUGAUAUUGUAAAAACGGUUUCCAAAGAUAAAGACAUAGACACAGUAGGCAAAAGUACAGCAUCUAAUGUUGUUAAAACCACAAUAACAAAAACUUCUAACUCACCUGAUUCAUUAAAGGAACCUUUGGAAAUAAAUAAAAAAAUAGAUAUUCACGAAGAAGAUGAUUUGAACUCGAAUGAAAAUAGUGGAUCUAAGGUCACAAAAGUCACAAAAAUAAGUCAAUCAGGCGGAACAGAAACAAUUACAACUACAAUCACAAAAACUACCGAUGAAAAUUUGGACUUGGGAGGUUAUGGAGGUGUAACCAAGGUUAUCAAAACUGAGAAUUUCGAUGUACCAGCAGUAAGUUCCAACAGUGGAUCGAAAGUCAUUACAACAACAGUCACUAAAACAACUUCUUCCAAUUCUUUUGAUGAAGGUAACAACCUUGUUGGACCAGAUUUUGGAGAUAUUUCAAAAGUAGUUAAAACAGUAACUUUAGAUAAACCAGUGGACAGUAGCGGAUCUACAGUCACCAAAACAGUGAUUACUCAUUCCAGUGCUAGCUCUUUAGAUCAAGAUUCUGAUCUACUUCAUAAAGCUGGACUUGAUAUUGUAAAAACGGUUUCCAAAGAUAAAGACGUAGACACAGUAGGCAAAAGUACAGCAUCUAAUGUUGUUAAAACCACAAUAACCAAAACUUCCCACUCAACUGAUCAAUUAAAGGAACCAUUGGAAUUAAAUAAAAUAAUAGUUGAUCACGAAGAAGACAACUUGAACUCGACUGAAAAUAGUGGAUCUAAGGUGACAAAAGUCACUAAAACAAGUCAAUCAGGUGGGACAGAAACAAUUACAACUAUAAUCACAAAAACUACCGAUGAAAAUUUGGGCUUGGGAGGUUAUGGAGGUGUAACCAAGGUUGUCAAAACUGAGAAUUUAGAUGUACCAGUAGUAAGUUCCAACAGUGGAUCGAGGGUCAUUACAACAACAGUCACUAAAACAACUUCUUCUAAUUCUCUUAAUGAAGGUAACAACCUUGUUGGACCAGAUUUAGAUGUUUCAAAAAUAGUUAAAACAGUGACUUCCGACAAACCAGAGGAAAGUAGCGGGUCUGCAGUAAUUAAAACAGUGGUUACCAAAACGAGCUCUUCUCAUUCCUACGGCGAAGACAAAAAUCUUGUAGAACCAGAUGUUGAAGGUAUUUCCAAAGUAGUUAAAACGCAACAUUUUGACAAGCCAGUAGAAAUUAUCAAAGUCACUAGUUCUGGACAACCUGUCACUAAAGAUCAAGUUAUUGAUAUAAAAAAUAAAAACAGUGGCGCUUCAGUUACUAAAACUACAAUCACUAAAUCUUCAGACCAAAUUGGUGAUAUUGAACAAUCUGUUUUAAAUGGUCAAAAAAAUAAUUUAAUGGGUAACGGCGGCAGUUUCACAAAAACUAUAAUCACCAAGACUAGUUCUUCCAACUCUAAUGGUCCGUCAUUGCUUACCGAUAAAGAUUUUGGUUUGGGCAGCAAACUUAUUAAAGGAAAAGAUGAUGUUGAUAUAUUAAGUACCCUAGGUGGCUCAAAGGUUAUUAAAACAACCAUAAUUAAAACAAGCAACUCUGAUUCAGGUCAUGGUGGCGAUCUUGAACAAUCCAUUCUCAGCGGUCAUGGAGAUAAUAUACUUGGUCACGGUGGUAGCUCCACAAAAACUGUUAUCACUAAAACUAGCUCUUCUAGUUCUAAUGAUAACUCAUUGCUGAGUCAUGAAGGCUUUGGUUUGGGCAGCAAACAUAUUAAAGGAAAAGAUGAUGUUGAUGUAUUAAGUACACUAGGUGGGUCAAAGGUUAUCAAAACAACUAUAAUUAAAACAAGUAACUCUGGUUUAGGCCAUGUUGGUGAUCUUGAACAAUCUGUCCUUAGCGGUCAUGAAGAUAAUAUACUUGCUCACGGUGGUAGCUCCACAAAAACCGUUAUCACUAAAACUAGCUCUUCUAGUUCUAAUGGUAACUUAUUGCUCACGGACAAAGAUUUUGGUUCGGGCAGCAAACUUAUUAAAGGAAAAGAUGAUGUUGAUAUAUUAAGUACACUAGGUGGCUCAAAGGUUAUUAAAACAACCAUAAUUAAAACAAGCAACUCUGAUUCAAGUCAUGGUGGAGAUACCGAACAAUCUGUCCUCAGCGGUCAUGAAGAUAAUGUACUUGGUUACGGUGGUAGCUCCACAAAAACUGUGAUCACCAAAACUAGUUCUUCUAGCUCUAAUGGUCAAUCAUUGCUGACUAAUGAAGGUUUUGGUUUGGGCAGCAAACUUAUUAAAGGAAAAGAUGAUGUGGAUGUAUUAAGUACACUAGGUGGCUCAAAGGUUAUUAAAACAACCAUAAUUAAAACAAGCAACUCUGAUUCAAGUCAUGGUGGAGAUACUGAACAAUCUGUCCUCAGCGGUCAUGAAGAUAAUGUACUUGGUUACGGUGGUAGCUCCACAAAAACUGUGAUCACCAAAACUAGUUCUUCUAGCUCUAAUGGUCAAUCAUUGCUGACUAAUGAAGGUUUUGGUUUGGGCAGCAAACUUAUUAAAGGAAAAGAUGAUGUGGAUGUAUUAAGUACACUAGGUGGAUCAAAGGUUAUUAAAACAACCAUAAUUAAAACAAGCAACUCUGGUUCAAAUCAUGGUGACGAUUUUGAACAAUCCGUCCUUAGCGGUCAUGGAGAUAAGAUACUUGGUUACGGUGGCAGUUCCAAAAAAACUGUCAUCACCAAGACUAGCUCCUCUAGCUCUAAUGGUCAAUCAUUGCUCACGGAUAAAGAUUUUGGUUUAGGCAGACAACUUAUUAAAGGAAAAGAUGAUGUUGAUGUAUUAAGUACACUAGGUGGCUCAAAGGUUAUUAAAACAACCAUAAUUAAAACAAGCAACUCUGGUUCAGGUCAUGUUGGCGAUCUUGAACAAUCUGUUCUCAGUGGUCAUGGAGAUAAUGUACUUGGUUACGGUGGCAGUUCCACUAAGACUGUAAUUACCAAGACUAGCUCAUCUACCUCUAAUGGUCAAUCAUUGCUCACGGAUAAAGAAUUUGGUUUCGGCAGACAACUUAGUAAAGGAAAAGAUGAUGUUGAUGUAUUAAGUACACUCGGCGGCUCAAAUGUUAUUAAAACAACCAUAACUAAAACAAGCAACUCUGGUUCAGGUCAUGUUGGCGAUCUUAAACAAUCUGUCCUCAGCGGUCAUGGAGAUAAUGUACUUGGUUACGGUGGUAGCUCCUCAAAAACUGUAAUCACCAAAACUAGUUCAUCUAGUGCCGAUGUUCCGAGCAAAUUAGUUCAUGGGGCAGAUCGUGUUGAUAUAUUGGGAUUAGGUAGCGCUUCAGAAGUUAUCAAGACAAACAAAAUUAAGACCAGUAGUUCUAGUUCAGGUCAAGAAGCUAAAGAGAAUAUAGUUGACACUGGCAUUGGAGAUGGGUCAAAAGUAAUUCACAGAACUAUUACCACUCAUCUUGGAGGAAAAAAUAAUGGUGAUAUUCAGCAAUUAGUCUUAAGUGGUCAUGAAAAUGAUGGAUAUGGUUAUGGUAGCAGUUCUACAAAAACUACAAUUAUCAAAACUAGUUCUUCCAGCUCCGAUGUUCCGGGCACAUUGAUUCAUGGAACAGAUAAUUUGGAUGCAUUUGGUCCAGAUAAAGGUUUAAGAGUUAUAAAAACAACUGUAACUAAAACAACCAAUACCGGUUUAGACCAUGUUGGGGAUCUUAGACAAUCUGUAUUAAAUAAUCAUGAAAUUAAUGGUAUUGGUUCUGAUAGUGACUCCAAAGUAAUUCAAAGAACUGUAACAAAACACCUUGGAGGUCAUGGUGGAAAAACUGUUGGUAAUGUUGAGCAAAUAGUCAUGAAUGGUAAAGAAAAUAAUGGACUUGGUUAUGGAAGCAGCUCCACAAGGACCCAAACAAUAACUAAAUCAAUUACCUCCAGUUCAGGCCAGGUUGGUGAUCUUGAACAGUCUAUAUUAAAUAGUCAUGGAAACAAUGGAAUUGGUUAUGGAAGCGGUUCCAAGGUAAUUCAAACCACUGUAACUAAACACCUUGGAGGUCACGGUGGACAAAAUAUUGGUGAACUAGAACAAUCAGUUCUAAGAGGUCAAGAAAAUAAUGGACUUGGUUAUGGAAGCAGUUCCACAAAGACCGAAACAAUAACUAAAUCAAUUACCUCCAGUUCAGGCCAGAUUGGUGAUCUUGAACAAUCUAUCUUAAAUGGUCAUGGAAAUAAUAGAAUUGGCCAUGGAAGCGGUUCUAAGGUAAUUCAAACCACUGUAACUAAACACCUUGGAGGUCACGGUGGACAAAAGGUUGGUGAACUAGAACAAUCAGUUCUAAGAGGUCAUGAAAAUAAUGGACAUGGUUAUGGAAGCAGUUCGACAAAGACUCAAACAAUAACUAAAACAAGCAGCACCAGUUCUAACCAGGAUGGUGAUAUUGAACGUUCAAUAUUAAAUGGUCAUGGAAAUAAUGGAAUUGGCCAUGGAAGCGGUUCCAAGGUAAUUCAAACCACUGUAACUAAACACCUUGGAGGUCACGGUGGACAAAAGUUUGGUGAACUAGAACAAUCAGUCCUAAGAGGUCAUGAGAAUAAUGGACUUGGUCAUGGAAGCAGUUCGACAAAGACUCAAACAAUAACUAAAACAAGCAGCACCAGUUCAAGCCAGGUUGGUAAUCUUGAACAUUCAAUCUUAAAUGGUCAUGGAAAUAAUGGAAUUGGCUAUGGAAGCGGUUCCAAAGUAAUUCAAACCACUGUAACUAAACACCUUGGAGGUCACGGUGGACAAAAUGUAGGUAAACUAGAACAAUCAGUCCUAAGAGGUCAUGAGAAUAAUGGACUUGGUCAUGAAAGCAGUUCGACAAACACUCAAACAAUAACUAAGACAAGCAGCACCAGCUCUAACCAGGUUAGUGAUAUUGAACAUUCAAUCUUAAAUGGUCAUGGAAAUAAUGGAAUUGGCCAUGGAAGCGGUUCCAAGGUAAUUCAAACUACUGUAACUAAACACCUUGGAGGUCAAGGUGGACAAAAGGUUGGUGAACUAGAACAAUCAGUUCUAAGAGGUCAUGAAAAUAAUGGACUUGGUUAUGGAAGCAGUUCCACAAAGACUCAAACAAUAACUAAAUUAAUUACCUCCAGUUCAGGCCAGGUUGGUGAUGUUGAACAAUCUAUUCUAAAUGGUCACGAAAAUAAUGGAAUUGGCCAUGAAAGCAGUUCCAAGGUAAUUCAAGCCACUAUAACUAAACACCUUGGAGGUCACGAUGGACAAAAGGUUGGUGAACUAGAACAAUCAGUUCUAAGAGGUCAUGAAAAUAAUAGACAUGGUUAUGGAAGCAGUUCGACAAAGACUCAAACAAUAACUAAAACAAGCAGCACCAGUUCUAACCAGGUUGGUGAUAUUGAACAUUCAAUCUUAAAUGGUCAUGGAAAUAAUGGAAUUGGCCAUGGAAGCGGUUCCAAGGUAAUUCAAACCACUGUAACUAAACACCUUGGAGAUCACGGUGGAAAAAAGGUUGGUGAACUAGAACAAUUAAUUCUAAGAGGUCAUGAAAAUAAUGGACUUGGUUAUGGAAGCAGUUCGACAAAGACUCAAACAAUAACUAAAACAAGCAGCACCACUUCGAACCAGGUUGGUGAUAUUGAACAUUCAAUCUUAAAUGGUCAUGGAAAUAAUGGAAUUGGCCAUGGAAGCGAUUCCAAGGUCAUUCAAACCACUGUAACUAAACACCUUGGAGGUCACGGUGGACAAAAGGUUGGUGAACUAGAACAAUCAGUUCUAAGAGGUCAUGAAAAUAAUGGACUUGGUUAUGGAAGCCAGGUUGGUGAUCUUGAACAAUCUAUCUUAAAUGGUCAUGGAAAUAAUGGAAUUGGCCAUGGAAGCGGUUCCAAGGUAAUUCAAACUACUGUAACUAAACAUCUUGGAGGUCACGGUGGACAAAAGGUUGGUGAACUAGAACAAUCAGUUCUAACAGGUCAUGAAAAUAAUGGACUUGGUUAUGGAAGUACUUCCACAAAGACUCAGACAAUAACUAAAUCAAUUACCUCCAGUUCAGGCCAGGUUGGUGAUCUUGAACAAACUAUCUUAAAUGGUCAUGGAAAUAAUGGAAUUGGCCACGGAAGCGCUUCCAAGUUAAUUCAAACCACUGUAACUAAACACCAUGGAGGUCACGGUGGACAAAAGGUUGGUGAACUAGAACAAUUAGUUCUAAGAGGACAUGAAAAUAAUGGACUUGGUUAUGGUAGCAGUUCGACAAAGACUCAAACAAUAACUAAAACAAGCAGCACCAGUUCCAACCAGGUUAGUGAUAUUGAACAUUCAAUAUUAAAUGGUCAUGGAAAUAAUGGAAUUGGCCAUGGAAGCGGUUCCAAGGUAAUUCAAACCACUGUAACUAAACACCUUGGAGGUCACGGUGGACAAAAUGUUGGUGAACUAGAACAAUCAGUUCUAAGAGGUCAUGAAAAUAAUGGACUUGGUUAUGGAAGCAGUUCCACAAAGACUCAGACAAUAACUAAAUCAAUUACCUCCAGUUCAGGCCAGGUUGGUGAUCUUGAACAAACUAUCUUAAAUGGUCAUGUAAAUAAUGGAAUUGGCCAUGGAAGCGCUUCCAAGUUAAUUCAAACCACUGUAACUAAACACCUUGGAGGUCACGGUGGACAAAAGGUUGGUGAACUAGAACAAUCAGUUCUAAGAGGUCAUGAAAAUAAUGGACAUGGUUAUGGAAGCAGUUCGACAAAGACUCAAACAAUAACUAAAACAAGCAGCACCAGUUCUAACCAGGUUGGUGAUAUUGAACAUUCAAUAUUAAAUGGUCAUGGAAAUAAUGGAAUUGGCCAUGGAAGCGGUUCCAAGGUAAUUCAAAACACUGUAACUAAACACGUUGGAGGUCACGGUGGACAAAAGGUUGGUGAACUAGAACAAUCAGUCCUAAGAGGUCAUGAGAAUAAUGGACUUGGUUAUGGGAGCAGUUCUACAAAGACCGAAACAAUAACUAAAUCAAUUACCUCCAGUUCAGGCCAGAUUGGUGAUCUUGAACAAUCUAUCUUAAAUGGCCAUGGAAAUAAUGGAAUUGGCCAUGGAAGCGGUUCUAAGGUAAUUCAAACCACUGUAACUAAACACCUUGGAGGUCACGGUGGACAAAAGGUUGGUGAACUAGAACAAUCAGUUCUAAGGGGUCAUGAAAAUAAGGGACAUGGUUAUGGAAGCAGUUCGACAAAGACUCAAACAAUAACUAAAACAAGCAGCACCAGUUCUAACCAGGUUGGUGAUAUUGAACAUUCAAUAUUAAAUGGUCAUGUAAAUAAUGGAAUUGGCCAUGGAAGCGGUUCCAAGGUAAUUCAAACCACUGUAACUAAACACCUUGGAGGUCACGGUGGACAAAAGGUUGGUGAACUAGAACAAUCAGUCCUAAGAGGUCAUGAGAAUAAUGGACUUGGUCAUGGAAGCAGUUCGACAAACACUCAAACAAUAACUAAAACAAGCAGCACCAGUUCAAGCCAGGUUGGUGAUCUUGAUCAGUCUAUAAUAAAUGGUCACGGAAAUAAUGGAAUUGGCCAUGGAAGCGGUUCCAAGGUAAUUCAAGCCACUAUAACUAAACACCUUGGAGGUCACGGUGGACAAAAUGUUGGUGAACUAGAACAAUCAGUCCUAAGAGGUCAUGAGAAUAAUGGACUUGGUUAUGGAAGCAAUUCCACAAAGACUCAAACAAUAAGUAAAACAAGCAGCACCAGUUCAAACCAGGUUGGUGAUCUUGAACAUUCAUUCUUAAAUGGUCAUGGAAAUAAUGGAAUUGGCUAUGGAAGCAAUUCCAAAUUAAUUCAAACCACUGUAACUAAACACCUGGGAGGUCACGGUGGACAAAAUGUUGGUGAAGUAGAACAAUCAGUUCUAAGAGCUCAUGAGAAUAAUGGACUUGGUUAUGGAAGCAGUUCGACAAAGACUCAAACAAUAACUAAAACAAGCAGCACCGGUUCAAGCCAGGUUGGUGAGCAUGAACAGUCUGUAUUAAAUGGUCAUGGGAAUAAUGGAAUUGGUUAUGGAACCGGCUCCAAAAUAAUUCAAAAAGCUGUAACAAGACGUAUUGGAGAACAAAAUGUGGAAAAUCGGGAUCAAUCUUUUGUAAAAGGUCAUGAAAAUAAUGGCAUUGGUUAUGGAAGUCAUUCCACAGUUACAAAAUCCUUUUCCAGCCACAGUUCUGGUCAACAAGAAGGCCAAAGUAUUAUUAAAGGUGUAGAGAAUCGUGGACAAUCAUUCGCAAAAGGUCAUGGCAAUAAUGGUAUUGGGCAUGGACGCGGACGAGGUGGUGGACGGGGUCAUUGAGAAGAGGGUAUUGAAAGAAGUACAGGAUAGAAUACUUAAUUUUAUUAAAGAUCUCAAACAGAUUAAAUGCAUAAAAUGCAAUAAUGGUGAAGAACAAAAGUAUUUGUUAGAAUAAAUAAUAUUAA